CUGACGUCAGUGCUAAUGCUAGGGCUUUCUGCUAUCAGCUGAUCCCAACUAACAUAUCCGCUAGGCACUGAAUGACAUCGCGCCUCGGAGGAUUAAGACAUUAUAUAAGAAGAGUCGAAAUUUCUUAUAGAAAUUCUCAAGUGCAUUAUGACAGGUGACACUAUUGAGAACAAUGGCAAAAAAGAGUCUAACUCACCUCCACAUUUACCCAUUGAGGUUCUGAUGUACAUAUUUCAAUUCCUUCACCUCUCUGACCUGAAAUGCGCUCGUCUUGUAUGUCGUUCCUGGUAUGAGGCAUCUCAAGACACAAAGCUGAUUUGUAAAGAAAUUGUGAACUUCAAUUGCAAUGGCACAGCAGUCGGGUCCCUCAUCACUGAUGUUACAAAUAGCAGCCGAGAAUUUCUUCACUUUGUGUUCAAGGAGGAGGAAGUGCGAUGGAAUUGGCCGGGGCUGUGGACUCAGUUUGGGCCAAGUAUUAAAUCUCUCUAUAUAUUUAAUUGUGACAUACGUGAGCGAGAUUUCACCAAUAUCCUGUUACAAUGUGAAAGUCUUGAGAGUAUCAGAUUAAGUGGUUGCCGAGAACUGCUUAUGUCUGGUGGACUGUUGCGUGAUCAAGAGGAAAUCAAACAACUUCAGAAUGUUCUCAUUAAUUUGAAAGAACUUGUGGUGUCACACAACAGUUAUUUGUCUGACGCUCUCCUUAAUCGCUUAGUAGCGAUUGCUCCAAAUCUACAAUCUGUAUCUCUGGAAGGUUGUCAGAUUUCAUUUCACAUGGGCCUUUACAAAAAGUUUUAUCCGAAACAUUCAACGGAGUCCCAAGAAGGGAAAGAAAAUAUUGACGAGGCAACUGACAAUGAGUUUAAAGCCAUGGAGUCUUCCAGUAUUCUUACUUUUCGGAACAUUCUCUACCACAUAACUUCUCGAUCACGUCAGCUCCAUUCCCUCUGCUUUAGCCGCACUCUAAUUGAUAGCCCUGCUCUCACUCAGCUUGCAAAGGUUGCAGAUUUAAAGUUGAAGAAUUUGAAGUUGGCAGGAUGUGAACAGCUGACAAAUGCUGGAAUUGUUGUGCUCACAGAACAUCAAAAUAGGCUUAGGAGUUUAGACCUAAGUUGUUGUUCUCGAGUAACAGAUCCAUCUAUGAUUGCCAUUUGUCGUAGUUUGCCUGAUUUGGAAGAUCUGUGUGUUCGUCGUUGUAGGGCAAUAAGCAACAUAGGAGUUGCAGAGGUUGUGAAGUUGAGAAAUCUCGUGAAAUUGGAUCUUUCUAACUGUGAUAUGGUGACGUCUGAUGGAAUAUUGGCAGGAUUGUGUAACAAAGGGAAUGCUAAGCUUCGUCAACUUUACCUCAGUGGAAUCAAUAAUAUGACAGAAGACACAGUGGUAAAGCUAGCCGAGAGCUUGCCGUUUCUAACUCAUCUGGAUUUAGGAUAUUGUAUAACAGCAGUCACUGACACUGCACUACAAGCAAUUUUCCAACAUCAGGUCUCACUUCAGUACUUGAAGCUUUCUGGAUGCAACAAAAUAACUGAUGUUGGACUUACUGGAAUGGUAACUCAUUCAUCCCAAUCCAUUGCGUCAACUUCAAAUUUACCAGUGAAUCAUUUUGAUGAAACUAAUCUUGCUGGAGGUAUGAAGUCUAGACUUCGAAUAUCUCUUAAGAGUCGAGCUGAAGAAGAAAUAGUAAUAGAUGCUGAGCGGAAAAAAGCCAUAUUGCAGUUAUUCCAAGAUUCCAUUCCUACCAUCAGUGGCUUGGGGUUCUCUUUGUCAAGGCUAAAAGGAUUGUGCUCUCUGAAUCUAUCAGGCUGUGCAAGGAUAACAGACAUCAGCCUUUGUCAUGCAUUUAAGUUUUUAGAACUCAAAUAUUUGGAUCUAACACAAUGUUGUCAGGUAACUGAAUCAGGAUUGGCAGCUUUAGCACUGAACAACUCAAGCCUUGAAUCCUUGGUUCUCAGUAUGUGCUACAAUGUUUGCGACGAUGCAGUGGAGGCACUAUGUAAAAACCUUCAAAGAUUGAAAUAUCUAGACUUAUCAGCAUGUGAAAAGCUGACAAAUGCAAGUGUGAUGUCAAUUGCUAAACAUGGCAAGUCACUACGGCACCUGGAUAUGAGGAGAUGUGAUCGACUUGCAGUAUGCCAAGAUGUUUCCAUCAAUCAUAUUCCAUCCCUGCUACUCCCACCUGCAGCAGUUGACCCUAAUGAGGAUCUCUCUCCUCCUCCUCCAGUUCCUCCUAUGCCAAGGAAAAAAUAGUAUUUUGAAAAGAUUAUCAAAGUUACUUUCAAGUACAGUAUGUUACUCUGUAACUGUCAGCUUCUCAUGGCAGAGCAGCUUUUGUGAUAUUUGUGAUUUGUGUUAUAGUAUUUAGCAUCUGUUGACUAUUCUUACCAAUCUGAGAGGUCAACUGUCAAGCGGGUUGGUGCUGGUAACAAGCUUUUAACAGUAUUAGACGACCCUACUGCGUUAGAAAAUAAAAUCUAUUCUGACCUGUAA